AUGGCCCGAGUGAGAGCUUGGCCCUCCCUCUGGUGGCCCAUGGCCGCCGGCGUCGUCGUCAAAGACCGCUACGGCGAGUUCUGCAUUCUGAAGGGCAGUUCCAUGCUCCCCACUAUCCAAGCCGACGGCGACGUCGGGCUGCUGGACCGCCUCUGCCUCGCCGGCCACGACUUCACCCGCGGCGACGUCGUUGUUUUCAGGUCGCCGACGGACCAUCGAAGAAAGGCGGUCCAGAGGCUGAUUGUGCUGCCGGGGGAUUGGAUCCAGAUCCCGGAGAAGCGGGAGAUCCGGCAGGUCCCCGACGGCCACUGCUGGGUGGAAGGGACAAUGCCGGCCAAAGCUUGGACUCGAGACACUAUGGCCCUUAUUAUUACAAUGGCCUACCAGAGCGACACAAUGCUGAACAAGCUGGCAACAGAGUACUACGACACACACUAA